AUGGAACCUCGAGCGCGUGCCGGCAAAAAUGUCGGCAAGAUGAACUUUUCCCACAAUGAGCUCGCUCAGUUGCUCUACGCUCACGGCGACGUCAAGAACCCGCUUCCCGAAACCGUCCGAGUCCUCGACGAGAUCCUCACCGACUUUAUGCAGUCCAUUGCCUUUGAGGCGGCCCGCGCGGCGCAGUACUCGGGCCGCCAAAAGAUCAAGUACGAAGACUUUGAGUUUGCCUUUCGCAAGAACCCGGCCUUCCUCGGCAAGGUGCAGGAGGUGUUUGAGAAGCAAAAGGAGAUUAAAAAGGCUCGCGAGAUUCUGCGCGACGCCGAGGACGACAUCAUGAAGGACGCGGCCGAGGAGGAGAAGAAGCGCGAAAAGGGAGACGGCGGCGGCGCGCCCGCGGCGGGCGGGAGCGCCAGCAAGCCGGUCAACCAGGAGGAGGAGCUUGGAGAGGCCGACGACGAUGCCGAUGCCGAAGCAGAUGCGUUGGGCAAGAAGAAAUGA